GGGGAGCUGCGAAACGAUCGCAGCGCGCGGGGUGGCGAGUAGUGAGUUGAGCCAGCGUGUGUUGUGAUAGCAUUUUGUAUGAGAAACAAUAGACGGUAUGUGGAAUUACACUUGUUGUGUUGUUAACUGCAAAAAUAACGGUAAAACUAGUGAUUGUAUAUUUUACAAGUUUCCAACUGCAUCACAUAAAAUAGUUCAAAGGCAAAAAUGGAUUGCUGCUGUGAAAAGAAAAAAAAAAAAUCAGAUGAUCCUGCGAGUCCAAGCUACGCGCCAACUCUAUUCCCUCCAGUUUAUCAUGCAAAGCAAGUAAAUGAAAGAGCUGUUUCGAGCAGGUACAAUCGACUCAUGAACCGAAGAAAGACUCUUCACAAGCGUAACAUCGGAGUGAAUUGUGAUACUGGAAAUCAAGUUAAUAACGACCCCAACAAUGUUGUCAAUAAUAGUGGACGUGAACCUAUGGAUAUAAGCAGUGCCGAAGUAAUUUUAAAAAGUGAUCAAGAGUGUCAAGUAGAUUUUGUAAGUUCUGCUGGUAUCGAUUUAAUUUUUUUAGUGAAAAUAAAAACUGGACUGACAUUUUCAGCCAUAGCAAUUUUCUUUGGUUUACAUCGGUCAACUAUCUCCAAGAUAUUCUUUUCAACUUUACAAUAUUUGAAUUCGUCAACUGCAAAUUUAGUGUUUUGGCCAAGUAGAGCUGCCGUACAGAAAACUAUGCCGGAAUGUUUUAAACCUCAGUACUCUAAUACUCGGGUUAUCAUAGACUGCACUGAAUUCAAGAUAGAUGUUCCGUCAAGUGUUGACGACCGUAUUUACUGUUACUUUCAUUAUAAGAAAGGUUUUACAGCAAAAGUACUAAUUGGAAUCACACCAUCUGGGUUCAUCUGUUUCAAAUCGAAAGUUGCUGGCGGUAGAAAAGGUGAUUCCCAAUUAACCAAUCAACUAUUGAAUCGAAUUUGGUAG